AAUUGAUCUUACCUGAUCAGGAGGGCCUUCCAAGGUCUUGGUGAAUGGGCCGGAGAAUGAAAUGAGAGGGGGGUGUACCUGCAAGGUGCUCCAAUGCUUAAGUCAGAAAAGGUACAGAAUGAGGUUAUCAGAGUGUGAGUUAGAAUACCUGCCCCUUUGCCAUGAAAGGGGUAUUUAUAUUGAGCCCCCAGCGCUGGGCCAAGGCUCCUAAUGGGCUGGAUUAGCUAGGCCCAAGGAGGAGCUGCCAGGGGACGCGUAAGAAGCGUUAAGACCUAGACCAAGGUCUGCCCCCUGGUCCAACUGCCCCUAUCCCUAAGGAGACAAUAUAGGGGAGUUGGGUGACGUGGUGAGUGAGAUGCCGUUAUGGCUCUGCCCGACACAACUUAGGUGUCCGCGGCGUGGGUUGACGAUGAGUGGAUGGAGAUCGUAUGGGGAGGACCCGCUCGUUGUCCGACACGUAUUUAAGGGGCCGGGGAGACGUUCUUCGGGCGGACGGUCGUUCACCUGACGUGUCCUCGUGGUCGUUUGGACAUGGUCGUUUGGACGUGGGCUUGGCGAGCAUUGGGCCGUGCCGUGCCUAGUGUCAUGGCCCAGUCCAGAACAGGAGCCCCCCAAGUCGAGUCUCUGAGCCAGAGAGAUGACUUAUGUUUCAACUAAGGGUUCCCCGAGACGAUGGGGAAGCUUGAUCGUUAGACAGGUGAGGUCGUAACAGACCUGUUCAUGACCGACCCUUUCUCCAGGAAUGUCGGGGAUGGAGGUGAUCGGUUGGUCUGCACCUUCCUUGUGGUAAACGUGGGUAUGACGCGGGGAGGUGGCGUCUUGGUGAGUCGAGGAGACGGAUAGGUGCUCGGGUCGUUUCAGUUUCUUAUCUUUGAUAGACGUGUCUCAGAAUUAGUGGGGUCGCUUCGUUUCGUGUGCAAAGACGGCGUAGGCAGGCUAGGCAAUGAUGACCUAGCGUGUUGGUCCACGUGCCAAGCCCUAUAAAAAAGGGGUUGAGUAACUUCAUUUCCACUUUUUUCGCUCACACGUUCACCGGAGUUCUCCACAUUCUCCCUCGUUUGCUCGCUCUACCGUCUGGACCGCCGUCUCCGCCCGUCCUCCUAUCUGAACCACCGUCUUCUGCUCGGGCACCACCGUACCCCUUUCAACUUAACUAUGUCAGGUAUGAUUUUCCACUGUGAUCCACUGUUUUUCCUUGUUGUUUUCUGUCAAACGCAUGCUAUUUUUGUAGAAAUGUGGUUAGGUUUAACUUAGGAAUAGUGUAGUGGACUGUAGGUGUAUAUUAGAUGGUAGAAAAUAGGGUUGGGAUCAUGCUGUACCGGGCAUAAAUUUCAUAUGCCGGGCAAUACUUGCAUAGGCUGUAUGAAGUUUAUGCCCGGUCUCCAUAGAAUGCGCGCGUCACCGAGUUGAGCACGGUUAGUGUCCGUCGCCGCUACGCCCUUUCACUUGACCUGCGGUGGAAGGGUGGAUUUGAUAUGACGUCGAAUUCACUCUUUCUGUCUGCGUUUCAGGUGCUACCGGGCGCUUACGACCGAGGAGGGAAGAUUCUGGGUCCUCCACCGAAGACGCGACAAUCGCUCGUCUCCCUGUCGGGGAUGGGAGUGUCCGAGAUGGUACCGAACACGCCUCCUCUUCCGGGCAGGUCGACUUCUCAUGGGUUGCGGACGAGCCCUUGGAGGAGGAAUCAGACUUCUGUGACGAGGCCAUCAUUGCUUACGCUAUGGUCGAGACCAUAAGCCGGGAGGAUCCACCAAACUGGUAUUGCUGCGCCCCCAAGGAAGAAGACCGCAUUUGCCAUCAUUUCCCGGGGAAGCAGUUCACCAUGUAUGAAUUUGCUUUCCGUGAGGCGGGGAUUAGACUGCCCUUCAACUCCUUCCAGAUGUCGGUCUUCAAGUGGCUCCGGCUGGCGCCGUCCCAACUACAUCCUAAUGCUCUCGCAUUUAUGCGGGCAUUCGAGUUAGUUUGCCAGUUCCUCGGCAUUGGUUGCACCCGGGCUCUCUUCUUCCACGUUUUCCAUCUCCAGAGGUCCGGUUCCCGUGGUCGCCACAGUUGGGUUUCUUUCAAGCAGCCCGUGCGUCUGUUCAAGACGUACGAGGAUUCUGUUCGCCAUUUCAAAAACCGGUGGUACGUGGUGAUGCCGAUUACCCGGGCUGCCCUUCACUCUCUAUACUACUAUCAGCGGAAACCCAAUGGGGAGGAGACGCUGAUGUCGAAGAUACCGCUGAGGUGGCAGCGUGAUCAUUUCGAUCUCUCCACGGCGCAUUACCGAGUCAAGUAUGCGAUGCUCGGCGAGGAGGAUAGGCUCGCGUACAAGAAGCUGGUCGAUUACGUGCAGAGCUUCAGCUUGGGGUUCUGGGCGAAUCGACAGGGCGUGCCCUACCUGGAUGAGGCCGGGGAACUAAUCACCGAGGCGCGUUAUAUCAAUACGAAGGCUCUGCUCGAGUGUGAUACCGAGGAGGAAGCUCUGGCGUUAUUGAGUGCCAUGCCCAAUGCUCGUGAUCGGGUGCUGAAGCUAGCGAAUCAGGUCGGCGCUCCUGACCGGGUGCCCAAGAAGAAGAAGAAAACUGUGGCCCGUCCCUUGGAGACUGCUGGCGAUGCCGGGGCUAGUCCCUCGCAGGCGGCGAGCGUGAUUCCUUCCUCUCCUCCUCGAUCUAACCCGAUCAACAUUCCUGAUAGCAGUCCGUCGCCAGCGGCUUCUCCCCUCCAUAAACGGAAGCGUCCGGCUGGGGCCCUUACCAGGUCGUCUCCAGGAAGUUCGAAUGGACCGGGCAGCUAUCUUCUACCUCCCUGCUAUGUGGAACGGUCGUUCUUCAAGGCCGAGGAGUCGAUUGCUGUGCCUGCGCCUGAGGCCAAGGCUAUUCUGGACCAGGAUGUUGCUGCCCGGAGGAAAGAUCUGGCCAGGGAUAUUGCUGCUGUCAUCCGGGUGAUGGAGACGGCCAUGGUUUUGACCGACACUUCGGUCUCCACCGCCUCGCUGGAGGAUGCCCUUUUGCAGAUUCGGACGGAGAAGGAAAGACUAUCUAAAGAUCUGUCGGACUACAAAGAAGAGCAUCAGCUGCAGGAAGGGCUGAGCCAGAAGCUGGAGGAGGUGGAAAAGGAGAGGGACCAGUUGAAGGCUGCUAAGGCGAGCUUGGAGGAGCAGGUGGUCGACCAUCAGAAGCUGACCGAGGACAACGCUGGCCUACGGGCUCAGGUUGAGUCUCUCGAGGGAAAGGUCCGUCCUCUGGCAGAUGAGACCGAGGAGGAACGCGCCCUUGGUUCGCGCGGUGAGCUGCUAGGGCAUAUUCGGACUCUCAACCAAGAUCUCGUGGCCUGCUUCAAAGAGGGUUUCGACAAUGCUGUCGAGCAGCUCGGGCUUCUGAACCCUGAGUUGGUGACAGUAGGGUCGGCCUAUAACUGCUGCGUCCGGGAUGGUGAGAUUAUCUGCCCGUUUGAAGCGGAGGAGGAGCUGGGGGGAGAAGAAGAAGAGGAUGAAGAGGUGCUCCGAGCGGAGUCUUAGUUUAUUUGUUUUUCUUUGAUUUUAGUUAUCAUGGCCUGCGUGCCUUAUGUAUUUGGCCUUCGGGCGUUGUAAUAUGGCCUUCGGGCGUACUUGGCUUCGGCCGCUCUUAUCGUUUUUAAUGUAUGAAUAUUUACGUUAUCAUUCA